AUGGAGAAGGAAGCAGAAGUGGCAGCAGAAGAGGGGCCAGAAAAGAAGCCGGAAACUCCUAGGGCCUGCAGUACAGUCUUGUCAGCCUUGCACCGGGACGGAAGACCAGAGGUUCACACGGGAAUUCAGCACAACUUCGGUCCAGACUGGAACGACCACUGCUUCCACCCUUGUGGACUGAGUAGACACUGGGUUCCUCACGCUUGCAGAGAGCUAUUGUUGAACUGCUCAGCGCAAAAACUUCAGAAAGUGGAAGAAAGGAGUCUAUCCAAAGCCAAGGCCUCUGCCUCUUCCAGAAUGGCGACCUUGGAGACCUUGCAGGUGGAGGCCAGCUGCCCCGUGUGCCUGGACUAUCUGCAGGAGCCUGUGAUCACCCAGUGUGGCCAUACCUUCUGCAAAGCCUGCAUCACCCGGAGCUGGAAGGACCUGGAGAGUCACUUCCCCUGUCCAGUCUGCAGGAAGACAUCCCGCCACCGAAGUCUCCGCCCCAACUGGCAGCUGGGCGGCAUGGUGGAAGUUGCCAAGCAGCUCAAGCAGGGAGUCAAGCGGAAGGUGAGGGAGGAGAGCCGCCUGUGCCCUCAGCACCGCCAGCUCAUCUGCCUCUUCUGCCUCGACGACCAGGAGGCCCUGUGCGUGCUCUGUUCCAUUGCCCACCUUCGGCAGGACCACAGGGUGGUGCCGCUGGACCAGGCCGCCCAGGACUGCCAGGAGAGACUGCACGAGUGCCUGGAGGCCCUGGAGCAGAAGAUGAGGGACGUGGCCCGCAGCAGGUCCUCGGAGGAGAUGAAGCCCCGCGAGCUCAGGAGACUGGUGCAGCGUCGCCGAGAGCAGAUCCUGCAGGAGUUCGAGGAGCUGCACAGGCGGCUGGAGCAGGACGAGCGCUGCCUGCUGUCCCGGCUGCAGGACGAGGAGCAGGAGAUCCUAGGGAGCCUGCGGGUCAACGCUGCCCGCCUUCGCGACCAGCAGCAGGCCCUGAGCCACAUGGCCGCGGAGGUGGAGGGCAGGAGCCAGCAGUCGGGCUUGGAGAUGCUCAAGGACGUGCAGAGCGCACUGAAGAAAUGUGAGGAGCUGACCACCAUGGAGGUGGCUCCCGUCGCCAUAGAGCUGACCAUGACCUUCGGCAGUUUCCCCAGGCAGUACUUUGUCCUACGGAAGAUCCUUCAAGAGCUGAGUGCCAAUGUGACUCUGGACCCUGAGACUGCUCAUGCUAACCUGGUGGUGUCUGAGGAUCGCAAGAGCGUCAAGUGUGUGGAGACACGACGCCCCAAUGUCCCUGACAAGACACCAUGGAGGUCCAACGUGUGUCCUUGUGUCUUGGCUACCAAAGGCUUCAGCUCCGGUCGACACUACUGGGAGGUGGAAGUGGGGGACAAGACCCACUGGGACAUAGGAGUGUGUCAGAAGCCUGAGAGCCAAAAGGGGGAGCUCACUCAGUCCCCUGGGAAUGGCUUCUGGCGACUCAGGCUUUGGAAUGGGGACAGCUAUGCAGCCACCACCUCGCCUUUCACUCCCUUGGUGGUCAAGGUGAAACCCAAGCGCGUGGGUGUGUUCCUGGACUAUGAGGCUGGCACGCUGUCCUUCUACAAUGUCACCGACCGCUCCCAUCUCUACACCUUCACGGACACUUUCACGGAGAAACUUUGGCCCCGCUUCUACCCGGGCAUCUGGGAAGGCAGAAAGAAUGCCACCCCACUUACCAUCAGAACCCCCACUGACUGGGAGUGA